UGGAUGGGUCAGUGGGUCUUGGCAAAAAUCACCAAACUAUGUUAUGUCAUUUAUACACAGUCCCUGAAAGACAAAUUGCCGGGGAAGUGACUGAUGCCUUUAAAUGAAAUCCUACUUUAAAGGCCCAGCCAGCGUUCCUGAUUCAUGUUACUAAUCAGGCUUUGGGAGAAAGAUUCUUUCAGGGUGAAGAAAGUCCAACUUGGGCUGGAAAAUAGAAACCUAAGAAAUCAGUUUCGUUUCCGAUGUUGUUUGGCACACAGCUGUAAGUGGGCCUGCUGUUUGGGCCAAUCAGUGUCGGGAACACGGUCCUGUUAGUGCUUGCGUAGCUACAGCCGAGAGCAGGGCACAUCCUUCUUCAAAGCUUCUGCAUCUCUGUCUUCUACCAGCUCUUAGGGGAGACGAGGCGGGCGAGUGCUGACGAAGCGGAGCUGCUAUCCCAGUGAUCAGGGCGUGUGGGUCAGAGUCUCAGUCAUGGUUGGAUUUAUCCCCAUUGCUGUUGGAGCAACUGUCGGAUUAGGCGUUGCCACCGUUGCUGUCCCAGCAGCCCUCGGGGCAGUCGGCUUUACUGGAGCCGGCAUUGCAGCUGGGACACUUGCUGCCAAGAUGAUGUCAGCAGCGGCCGUAGCCAAUGGAGGAGGGGUAGCCGCUGGAAGUACUGUGGCAGUGCUGCAAUCUGUGGGUGCUGCAGGACUUUCUCUUGCUACAAAAGGUGCAGUGACAGCUGUUGGGGGGGCACUUGCAUUCUUCUUUCCAAAGUGAAAGCUACUACUGCUCUUCCCUCUUCCUCCUGCAGAAACAGCCGCUGCAACCUGCCUUUUGCUUGUUCUGCCAUCUCAACAAACAGCCCUUACAAUCCCUUUGGCUGGUGGCUGAAAUGUGAGAAAACAAUAAAAGCU